AUGCCUCGCAAACGGCGGGAAACGCUGGCGCCAGAGGUCAAAGAACGCGACAAGCGACAAGUGGCGGUAGCUGGUUUCAUCGGCGAGGUAUUGAAGGAACACCGGAGGACCGCAGAAGCUGCUCUGUUCCCUGUUGAUGUGCUUGCGGUGAUUUCCGCGCAGCUGGCAGCGCUCUCUGCGGCAUCGCAGGUGCAAGACGCGCGACGACGCAUGGAGGAAAUGGAAGAACAGCUGGCCCUGCGCCUCUCCGAAGACGACGCCGCCUGCAGUACCCUGGGCGCAGUGCGCGCCCGUCUCGCAGCACUGCAAGCGGCACAGGCGAAGGCGGAAGAGGGGCGACGACGAGCACGACAGGCGACGGAUCAAUGGGGCUGUCGGGGCUACUGCAGAUCCAGGGAACUAAGUGAAGACAGGCGGUGCCCCGACAUCUUUGGAUCACAAAGCACUGGCUGCACUUUGCGCCAAGCUCGAACUGGAAGAGAACGGGCGGCCUCCAAACUCAUUUGCGAAGCCUUGCAGAAGCAUCUGUCCCAAGUGGAUUCGAGCCUUGGCCCUGGCAACACCGAGCCACCGGAGCUGCUGGAGCUUCGUGCGGAGGUGGCCGAAGCGGACAAGCUGCAGCAGGAGAAGCUGGGUGCCGUGCAAGAAGCUCGGAAGCAACUCCAGGACUUUCAAUCCGCCUUGGCUCAAGCCCAAGCUGCCGAAACCUGCGCUUUGGCGAAGCUGGAGGAUGUGAAACAUCUGGGGGAGACCAGCCCCGAACGACAGCUGAUGCGGCUGCGGAAAGGUGCAUUGCAGGCGUAUCAAAGCCUGGAUGGGGCCUGGCCUGCAGAUUUGGCAGAUCAGGUGAUGCACUUAGAGGAAAAGGUCCAGCAGUUGGAUCAGAGCAUGCAGCGGGAAGCGCAGCGCCGCUUCGCCGCGGCUGACGCACCGGACGCACCGCUCGGAGUGGCGCCGAAGCGACGGCGGCUGCGGCCACUGGUGGAGUUGCCAUUGGAGGACCCAGAGCCCAGUGUCGAUGUUGCCACGGAGCCUACUCUCGUUGCGAACGCCGGGCUCGAGGCUGUGGAUGAAGCGGCGGUCGAAAAUCAGGACCAGAUGCCAGCAGAUCCACAAGAACCUCUGGAAGAAACGGUGGCUGUGGAUGAAGCGGCUGUGGAUGAAGCGGCGGUCGAAAAUCAGGACCAGAUGCCAGCAGAUCCACAAGAACCUCUGGAAGAAACGGUGGCUGUGGAUGAAGCGGCGGUCGAAAAUCAGGACCAGAUGCCAGCAGAUCCACAAGAACCUCUGGAAGAAACGGUGGCUGUGGAUGAAGCGGCGGUCGAAAAUCAGGACCAGAUGCCAGCAGAUCCACAAGAACCGCUGGAAGAAACGGUGGCGGAUGAAGCGCUGGAAAUGAAAGACCAGACGCCAGCAGAUCCACAAGAGCCUGCGGAAGAGACUGCAGAGGUUCCUGCUGACAGCCAGGAGCUCGCAGCCACAGAACCAGACGAGGAGAUGCUUGUGCCGGAACGACCAGAACUUGUGGAGGAUGACGUGUUGUCACCAACUCAGCGCACCCUGAGUGAUGUGGAAGCAACGCCAGGCGAUGUCGCAGCUGAGACGUGUCCUGCACCGAGCACGCCGCAAAGGGUCGAGCCGACGGAGCCCACGGAGCCGGAAAGCUUUCCUGAGACCGUGCCCGAUUCACCGCGCGACGAAGUUGCGCCUCCAGCGGAGCCUCCAACGGAGCUUUCUGAGGCAGCCCAGGCUGAGCCCGGCACAUCGCCGAACAACCGCGGCUCGCCGCACUCGCUCUUCGGCUACGCCACAAUGCUGUUGGGCCUGCAGGGCACCGAAUGA